AUGAUCAGAAGUCCAGAUCUGGAAUCCUUUGUUUGUUGCGCUGUAUGUUCAAAAAUAAUACCACCACCGCCUUCUAAUGCUACUUUUGAUCGGAUCCGGGAGUAUAAGCCCUUCAGGACACGGUAUUACACUCAUCAUGAUAUACUGGAGAUUGGAACGAGCAUUCAACAAGAGCAGCAUGAAAGGAAGGAAGCAGAGAUACAAGAGCGCGUAGAAAAAAUGAAGGCUGAACUUUGGUCUCAGGCCGAAAUGCACAAAGAAGAUGCAGUGGAUAAAGCUCUCAAAGAGGCAGCCGCUAACCACAGUACAUUUGUACAAGACCUUAAACAAAAACUUGGAAAGGAAAUAAGGGAAGCGGUGAGGAAGGCGAAGGUAGAGAUGCAGCAGUACAUGGAGGAGCAGCAGAGGAGGGAGGCUGAAGCUGCAGAGCAGCGCAUGGCGCACAGGCUUCGGUGUGCCCUGAUGGAAUGCGCACAGGAGAAGAUUCAAGCAGUGGCAGAAGCCAGGAAGCAGGAGCGGGAGGCGGCACUGAACGAAGCAGCCAGGCAGCACAGAAAGCACCUAGAGCAACUCAAAGAAGAAAGCAUGUUAGCUGAGGCACUAUAUCGUAAGAGAAUAGAUCAAUUAAACAAAGAAAAAUGUAAUGAGAUGAAUAUUGCCCUGAGUAUCAAACAAAAAGAGAAUCAGAUUGAGAUUGAAAAGCAGCUCAAAGAAGCAGAGAUCCUACAUCUUGAUGAGCUGGAAAAAGUGAUGGCUACGCUGAAAGCAGCAGAAGAUCAGGUAAAGACUCUCAUGCAAAAGCUGGAAAAGAUGACAGCGUGGAAGGACAGCCUGGAAAGUGAAAUACAAGCAACAAGACAAGCUUUUCAAAAGUAUAUUGAUGCCACAUUUCCUGACCUGUCCCCUGGACAAGCGGAUUUUAUUCUGCCUUUCAGAACAACAUUGGAGCAGAGGGACACCCCAGAAGAAACGGAGGGAAGUGACAAGGAAUGUGAGCGAAGGAGUACUGGAAGUGUGAGAUUCACAGCCAUGGGUAAACAGAACUUCAAGUAG